UGUGUGUUCGGUAGGGUUCGGUAACGGUCGGAGAACGUUUGGCUGGUUCGUUCUAACCGCGAGCACAGUAUACCGCCGACCGACAACCCCUUCGCGUGCGACGAUGUUGCGUUGCGGCUGAUCAGAACCCUUUUUGUCUUCGCUGUUUUUUAAUUCUGUCUCAUUUCGAAAGUUGUUAUCAGUGCAAGCAGUUGAAAUAUAUCAUCGGAACGUCUUGCACCUGCCGAUACGUAUCGACGUUUCGCGGCCAGCAGUGUGUGACAGAUCGAGCCGUGUUAAGUCACAACUCGGUCUAUCGUUUCGUUUCUCCCCUUACCCUGUCUUUCCCUCUCUCCCACCCGUUGAAAAAACAUGGCUGAAGCCAAUGGGAAGAUGCGGAAUAAACAUGAGGACAUUGAUGCUGCAUCCCUCGGUGCUGACAUUCUCAAUCCCUUCGUGCAUCGUCUCGAACUCGACACAACCUAUGACAAGCUCAAGACCGCAUUCCUGACGGUAGCUCUUCUACCAUUCAGGUUGGCUGCAAUCACGGCUCUGGUGAUCAUGGCCUGGCUUUUAGCUUGUCUAGGUCUCCUAGGACUGUCCGAGGAAGAUCUACGUCGAGCUCCUUUGACCGGAUGGAGACGAGACAUGCGAAUUGUGAUCUGCUGGGUGAUGCGAGCGUUGUUCAUCUGCGGGGGAUUUCACCAUCUGAAGGUCAAAGGUCGUAAAGCGGAAACAAAGGAUGCCCCCGUGUUAGCCCUAGCCCCGCAUUCAAGCUUCUUCGAUGCACUUCCGGUCGUUUACCUCGGCGGACCGAGCAUCGUCGCGAAGGCGGAGAUCGGGCGCAUUCCUUUUUUCGGAAAAUUAAUCAACUAUACACAACCGGUCUAUGUUUGGAGAGAAGAUCCGAAUUCACGGCAAAAUACCAUCAAGGAAAUUAUUGAAAGGGCUACAUCGAAAGAGGAUUGGCCACAGGUUAUGAUCUUCCCGGAAGGUACAUGCACCAAUCGAUCGUGCCUAAUUACUUUCAAAUCAGGUGCAUUUUACCCUGGUGUCCCCGUUCAACCCGUUUGCAUCAGGUAUCCCAAUAAAUUGGACACGGUAACAUGGACAUGGGAAGGUCCUGGAGCAUUGAAGUUACUAUGGCUAACGUUGACUCAACUGAAUAGCAGUUGUGAAAUAGAGUUUCUCCCUGUGUACAAGCCGAGCGAAGCUGAAAAAACAGAUCCCAAGCUUUAUGCAAACAACGUGCGACGUCUUAUGGCAGAGGCACUACAGAUUCCUGUAUCAGACUACACAUACGACGACUGUAGAAUUAUUACUAAAGCUCAUCAAUUGCACAUACCACAUGCGUCCACUAUAGUAGAAGCCCAUAAGCUUCGUAAUAAACUCGGCUUAGUUACAGCAAAGACGGAAGAAGAAUUAGUUCAAAAGAAGACAGAAAGAUUUAGCGAAGAAAUGAACUUGCACGAAUUUGCGCAAAUCCUUAGAAUAGAUGAAAAGGAACCUGCUACGCAACAACUCUUCCGAAUACAUGACAAACAAGCGAAGGGUAUAAUAGAUUUCGAAGAGUAUUUAUUCAUAGUAUUAGCCACAGCAAAGGCAAAUUCUGAACUAGAAAAAGUCGAAACAGCGUUUGAAGUAUGUGGCACAAAAUCAUUGUCCUGCCUGAAUAAAAUGGAACUGCGAAAGGCUUUGAAACUAGCAUUAAGUUUACCAGAGGAAGAAUCGGACAAAAUCUUUCAGAAUGCUAAAAUUGAUUCUGCUGAUACGACAGUAAAUUUCGAAUUCGUGCUUGCCGCGCUAGCAGCGCGAGCAGAAUUGGCACAUAUAUUCGUUGGGAACACCGAAACGAGGAAAAAAAAUAUUUGAGAAUAUUUAAUCGACUCGUUCCGUGCUCAUCGAAGAUGCAGGACACAUCGCGUUUGCAGCAGACCGCUUUUAAAUCAGGCAUGCGCCAGUCCUGUAUAACUUUGCUCCUCUCUUGCUGAUAUUACCCUUUCAACGAAUAGAUAGCCAUUUUCUUUUUUUUUUUAGUAUUAUUAUCGUUGACGAAGCAAGAAGUACCGUCUAAGGAAAUAAAAAAAAAAAAAAAAA